AUGCCGCCUCGACGACAACCUCAACAACCAGUUCAAGAAAUCUUGAUCGAAGAUUUACGGCGAGAGAUCACCCAACUACAACAACGACUCGACAGAUGUGAGCAAAGAGAACCAGUGAGGCAACAGAAUGAGGAAGAAGACAUCAAUCCCUUCCAUCAAGAAGGCUCUAGUGACGAUGAAACAGGAAGGCCGACAUUUGGACAGAAUAAUAGGAGAUUACCUCACGAUUACGGAAUCAAACUCGAGCUCCCUGAGUUCGACGGCCGAAUGGACCCCGAUGAAUUUAUAGGGUGGUUACAAACGGUGGAGCGAAUUCUUGAGUUCAAAGAAAUACCUGCUGAUAGGAUCGUUAAAUUGGUGGCCAUCAAACUCAAGCGAGCUGCGUCUCUGUGGUGGGAAAAUCUGAAAAGAUCAAGAAACAGAGAAGGACAGGGUAAGAUCACUACUUGGCCAAAAAUGAAAAAAGAAUUGCAGCGAAAAUAUAUCCCAGAGGUGUAUAAACAAGACUUAUUCCUAAGGUUAAUGCAGCUCCAGCAACAACAAAUGACCGUUGAAGAGUAUGUCGCUGAGUUCGAGCAGAUCUCCCUAAAAUGCGAUCUAGCUGAACCUGAGGAACAUACUAUAGCUCGUUUCUUAGGCGGAUUACAACCUGCCAUUUCCAACGUUGUCCAACUCCAACCGUAUUGGACCUUCCAAGAUGUGGUGAAUUUGGCCUUGAAGGUAGAAAAGCAGCAAAAUCGAUUCAAGAAAGUUCCUGGUAAGAUGCCAAUGCCAGAUUCGGUGCCAGAAAAAGAUAGCAAAUUAGAAAAAUACGCGGCCGGGCCCAGCAGACAUGUCGAGAAUCGUCCGCCCCAUGUACCGUCUCGUGCUGCCCCACCUCAAACAUCUUUGCCUGCACGCAAAUGUUUUAAAUGUCAGGGGUUUGGCCAUAUAGCAUCCGGUUGUCCCAAUCGCCGGGUCAUCACCUUGAUGGAAGAACCUGAAUCAGAAGAUACUGCUGCCACAUCACCCGCCGAGACAACUAAGGACGAGUUAACAUAUUUACAAGGUGACGAAGGAAAUCUGCUGGUCUUAAGACAAACUCUGAACAUACACAAAGGUGAAUCUUGGUUACGCCACAAUAUCUUUCGCACUCGGUGCACUGUGAAGGAUCGAGUAUGUGAUGUGAUCAUAGAUAGUGGAAGUUGCGAGAAUGUGGCGUCCGUCCUCAUGGUUGAAAAAUUACAGCUCGACACCACCAACCACCCGAAACCAUACUCGCUCUCGUGGAUCCAGAAGACUGCUGAAGUUCAAGUAAACAAACGUUGUUUGGUCAAUUUCUCCAUCGGCCAUUUCAAAGACCAGGUGUUGUGCGAUGUGGUACCCAUGGACGCUUGCCACCUCCUAUUAGGUCUACCAUGGCAGUUCGACAAAGGAACCACGCAUAAUGGCACUGCAAAUACGUAUUCAUUCUGGCACGACAACCAACAGAUUGUGUUGUUGCCGUCUCCUAUGAUUGCACAAGAGGAAGCGUCCAAUUCUACUUUGUUCAACAAGACCUUAUUCCUCCAAGAUCUGAGACAAGCUCAAGAAGGACUUCUUUUAAUUUUAUUGGAGGAAAAUGAUCAGCAACAAACCAUCCCAGACAUAGUCAAGCCGCUAUUGCAACAAUACCAGGACAUCCUAGUUUCAGAAUUACCUGCAGGGUUACCUCCGCUUCGUAAUGUACAGCAUCAUAUGGAACUCGUGCCGGGAUCAGUUCUGCCAAAUAGACCUGCUUAUCGUCUCCGUCCAGAUGAGCAUUUCGAACUACAACGACAGGUCAAUGAGUUGAUUAUUAAGGGAUUUGUGCGUCCCAGUGCCAGUCCAUGUGCUGUCCCCGCCCUCCUUGUUCCUAAGAAGGAUGGAACGUUUCGCAUGUGUAUUGACAGCCGGUCCAUUAAUAAGAUUACGAUAAAAUACCGCUUCCCAAUACCACGCAUCGAUGAUAUCUUUGAUCAAUUACACGGUGCUACCUUCUUCUCCAAAAUUGAUUUAAGAAGCGGUUACCACCAAAUUCGCAUGCGACCAGGAGACGAGUGGAAAACUGCUUUCAAGACAAGGGAAGGCUUGUAUGAAUGA